AUGGCUGAGCAGGGUUUAGGUCCCACGUCUGAGCAGGGCAGUGGUGGCUCGGCUGGGCCACAAAGCAUCGCUGCUUUCCAAACGGAUUCCAGGGUCUCUUCUAAGGUUUCCUUUAUCCUGAAAAACACCUCAGAUUCAAGCCCAGAUUCAGAGGGCUCACACAGGUUCUCCCUGAUGUUAAAGGCCUCAUCUGGUUCCCAACCAGACUCUAACAUGUUCUUUGCUUUUAGGAAGUCAGGGCCUGAUAUUCCAGAUGCCUCUGAGACAGAUCAGAUUUACCCAGCAGAGGGGGACUCUUUCUCCCUUCCCCAUGAGGAGUCCAGUGCCACCACUUCAUCCCUUCUUUCUUUUUCAGUAGUGCAUUCAGGCUUGCCACAGUCCUCCAGAGAGGAACAAGUGGUUCCUAAAGCAAGAGGAAGUGUGACUAGCUCCUUUGUGUCUGUCUCACUUGCCAGCUCAGAGGCCAAGCCUGCUCACAGAUUAAUCCCCCAUCGACCUUCUUCUAAAAUGUCCUCUAUCUCUGAACGCAUCCAGAAAUAUAUACUGCCGUAUUACGUGACUCUGGAACAGCUCCAGCAUGUGAAGAACUUAAUGGCAGCAGCCUUGGAAAAGGGCCUCAAACAGAAGGACAAAGCAACCAAUGACUUACCUAUGUUGCCAACUUAUGUUUCUGCCUUGCCUGAUGGUACUGAGAGAGGGGAUUUUCUGGGACUAGGAUUGACCUGUGAUCAGGUGAAAACCUUGCUGCUACAACUGACAGAUAAUGUCGAUGAACCAAUGGUGGUAAAAAAAAGGGAUUUCUCAAUUCCUGAGAAGAUUAUAAAUGGCAGUGGACAGCAGGUUUUUGAAUUCAUAGCUCAAUGCCUGUGCACAUUUUUGGGUGGACUUAACUUGAACAAGAAAUAUUUCCCACUGGGUUUCUCUUUUCCCUUCCCUUGUGAUCAUGUUGCACUGAACCAGUGUAAACUGGUCAGAUGGACAAAGGAUUUCCGAUGCCCAGAUGUGGUGGGGAAAGAUGUGACCCAAUUGCUCCAAAUGACUAUCAAUGAGGUUUGCAAGAAUUACCAAAUAGAGGUCCUUGCUGUUGUGAAUGACACUGUGGGAGCUUUGAUGAGCUGUACUUCUGAUGUCAGGCCAUGUAACAUAGCAAUAAUAAUAGAUGCUGGCACUAACUGUUGCUAUAUGGAGGAUAUACAGCGCAUAUCAGGCUUGCAGGAAACUAAGGGACGCAUGUGCAUAAACACAGAAUGGGGCUUUUUUGGGUAUAAUGGAGAAUUGAAUGAGGAACUAACAGAGUUUGACCUGUUGGUAGAUAAAGAGUCCAUGGAUCAAGGCAAAUCCAGGUUUGAGAAGAUGGUCAGUUCCAUUUAUGUGUGUGAGACUAUCCGUAUUAUUUUGGCUGAUCUGGCUGAGAAGGGUGAAUUGUUCAAUGGAGUUCUCACUCCCACACUGCUAAUGAAGGGGAAGCUGACACUCCAAGAUAUUGUGGAGAUCAUAGAUGAAAAAGUGGGCCUAGCCAAAACCAAGAGUUUCCUUUGUCGCCUUGGAUUAGUGGCAUGCAAUCAAGAUUGUUUCCAUGUGCAAGAAGUAUGCAAAGCUGUAUUCACCCGUUCUGCCAAGCUCUGUGCUGCUGGAUUGGCUGGCGUUCUUACAUAUAUUCAUGAACAUCAGCAGCUGCCAGAGAUGAAGACCUGUGUAGUUUUGGGUGGGAACAUGUACAGGAGCCCGACACCGUAUAAUGAGAUACUACAGCAAACUCUGAAACAGCUGAUUCCUGAGUAUACUCUCACAAUUAUCCCAUCAGUUAAUGGCGGUACCUUAGGGGCUGCCAUAGUGGCAGCUAUAGAAGUGAGGCUUAGAAACCAUCGAGAGGGACUAGCCCAAGUUCUGGCUCCUUUAAAACUUUCAAUUGUAGAUCUUGAAAGACUACGGAACACGAUCAGACAAGAGAUGGAGAACGGCCUGUCGAAGGCAGCUAACAGCAAAAGCUGUCUACGCAUGUUGCCCACUUUCGUCUGCCAUUUGCCUGAUUGCUCUGAGAGAGGGGAUUUCCUGGCACUGGAUCUAGGUGGAACCAAUUUCCGAGUAUUGAUGGUACAGGUGAAAAGCCAAGAGGAGGGUGGUGUACACAUUACCAGUGAGACUUAUACCAUACCAUCAGAAGUAACCCAGAGUACUGGGGAACAGCUCUUUGACCACAUUGUGAACUGUAUUGUGGAUUUUCAUACUAAGCAUGGGAUGGUGGGACAUGUUCUACCAAUGGGUUUCACUUUUUCCUUUCCCUGCAAUCAACUAAACCUGGAUAAGGGCAUCUUGCUGAGAUGGACCAAGGGCUUCAGUGCUUCUGACUGUGUAGGAAAAGAUGUUGUGAAUAUGCUGCGGGAAGCAGUACAGCGUCAAAAGAAUAUUGAUGUAGAUGUGGUUGCCCUAGUGAAUGACACAGUGGGAACCAUGAUGUCAUGUGCCUAUGUAGACCCUAAAUGUGAGGUUGGUCUUAUUGUUGGAACUGGAUGCAAUGCUUGCUACAUGGAAGAAAUGAGGAAUGUGGGCACUAUAGAGGAUAACGAAGGCAGAAUGUGCAUCAAUAUGGAAUGGGGGGCGUUUGGAGAUGAUGGUUGUCUUGAACACUACUUAACACCUUAUGACGACGAAGUGGAUAAAGAAUCCCUCAAUCCUAGCCAACAAAGAUUUGAGAAACUCAUUAGUGGCAUGUAUUUGGGUGAGAUAGUGCGCUAUGUUCUGCUAGAGUUAGCAUCUCGCAAGAUCCUCUGCAAGGGUCAUGACUUACAAGGACUUCAGAAAAAAGGCAUCUUUCCCACCAAAUUGUUAUCAGACAUUGAGAAUGACAGCCAAAGUCGCCAACAAGUUUACAACAUCCUGGAAGAGAUGGGGUUGACUCUUUCUCCUGAGGACAUCAUGUUGGUGAAGGAAGUGUGUCAUACCGUGACUUCACGAGCUGCUAUGGUGUGUGCAGCUGGAGUGGCAGCUGUUGUAGAAAGGAUUCGAGAAAACAAGCGCAUGACAAAGCUGGAGGUGACAGUUGGCGUGGAUGGGACAGUGUUUAAAAUGAAUCCUUACUUUGCAAAAAAACUUCAGGAUACUGUAGCUCUGCUGGCUCCAAACUGCAAUGUCAAAUUCUUAUUGUCAGAUGAUGGCUCAGGAAAAGGAGCUGCACUGAUUGCUGCUGUGGCCUGCCGUACAAAGAUCUCUUAAUAAGCGGGAGACUGGAUCGUUUUCCACCAGAUGCAGACCUUGAUCUGCAGUAUGGACUUUCAUUCUUCUUUCAGGCAGCUGUGACAAAAUGGCUGGAAAGCCAAAUUUGGAUAGCUGUGAUAUUCCAUCUUUGCAAUUUUAACAUCUUUGAUUCAUGUUCAAAGCAGGGAGAGAAAUAAACCAAACUCCACUGCCUCUUGGAUUCUCAAGCUAUCAUUCUUCCAAAGAGCUUAAUCCAGUUAGCUGUGGUUGAGGAGGCUAAUAUGAAAGUAAUUUCAUAACCUCAUCAUUUCCACAUCCUUUAGGUGCUUAUGAGAGCAGCUGAAUACUUCAAGCUACGAACCCUGGCUGGCUGUUUUAGAACUCAUGCGUCUAUCACUGUAAUAUGAGCACAGAUACAAGAAGCCUCAUGUAGCAAUAUAUAUAUAUAAUUUAUUUACAUUCAUGCCCGCUAAAACCCUGUGCGAGACGCAGAUAUGUACAUAAGGCCAAGUGUAAAUACUUGAAUGCACUUGAAUACAGAAUAAAAAACGA